GGGGUACCUCAUUAGAAUGGGCAAGCGUUCUAUAAACUCCAUGCUAUUUCUUCAGCCAUUGCAAAUGUGUCUGACUCGAACAGCCUCCUGUUGACACACUUUCCCUGUUUCCCAUAGGACGCUGUCAUUGGAUUUGUUCUACUAUCCAGACAGAAGUGCCAUCCCUACUCCCGGUACUUCAGACUUAGUCUUGCUGACUGUCAAGGUUGUCCACCGGCACCGCACUGCCACCGACUCGACCGGACCUGAACAUUGGCUUGAUUGUGUGCUCAGGACUCAACGAUGGGGAAGGACGCCGCAAGAGCAGAGUGGGACAAUCCCAUGCAAUUUGUCCUGGCGUGUGUAUCAUACGCGGUUGGACUGGGAAAUGUGUGGCGAUUUCCAUACUUGUGUCAAAUGCAUGGCGGGGGUGGGUUCCUGAUCCCAUACCUGCUUAUGCUGGUCCUGUUGGGGGUACCCCUGUUCUACAUGGAGUUAGCCAUUGGCCAGAAGAUGCGUCUGGGCAGCAUUGGAGCAUGGAGAGCUAUUAACCCCUAUCUGGGGGGAGUGGGUCUGGCCAGUGUUGUGACCUCCAUGUACCUAUGCCUCUAUUACAACGUCAUCAAUGCAUGGAGUUUCUGGUACUUCUUUCAUUCAUUCCAGUCGAUCCUGCCAUGGGCAGAGUGCCCGGUUAACAGCAACCUGACUGGCCAUGUGGAGGAGUGUGAGCGGGCCACGCCCACCCAGUACUUCUUCUACAGAGAGACCCUGGACAUCUCCGGGUCCAUUGAGGAGAACGGAGGGAUUCACAUGGGACAGGCGCUCUGCCUCCUGCUGGCCUGGAUGAUUGUCUACCUGUUUAUCGUCAAGGGGGUCAAGUCCACCGGGAAGGUGGUGUACUUCACAGCCACAUUCCCCUACCUGGUCCUCAUCAUCUACCUCAUCCGUGGGGUCACCCUUCACGGAGCCAUCAACGGUGUGAAGUACAUGUUCACGCCCAAGAUGGAACAGCUGGCUAACCCCACUACAUGGAUCAAUGCGGCCACUCAGAUCUUCUUCUCUCUGGGCCUGGGCUUUGGAUCCCUCAUCGCCUUUGCCAGCUACAACCAGUACAACAACAACUUUGAGAAGCAGGCCAUCGUCGUGUCCAUGGUCAACAGUAGCACCUCCAUCUUCGCCAGUAUCGUCACCUUCUCCAUCUAUGGCUUUAAGGCCACCUUCAACUACGAGAGCUGCCUGGAGAGGGUGCGACUGCUGCUCCUGAACACCUUUGAUCUAGCAGAGGACACCAUCAGUCUGGAGAAUGUCAACCACUGGAUCGCUGAGCUGAACAGAACACACCCAGAACAGUUUGCCAGUCUGGGAGGUAGGCUGGAGAGCUGUGACCUAGAGGCUGAACUGGACACGGCUGUUGAGGGUACAGGCCUUGCCUUCAUAGUGUACAGUGAGGCCAUUAAGAACAUGCCCGUGUCUCAGCUGUGGUCUGUGCUCUACUUCAUCAUGCUGCUGCUGCUGGGCAUGGGCAGUAUGCUGGGCAACGUCAUCGCCGUCAUCACCCCCCUCAGUGACUUGAAGUUCAUCAGCCGCUACAUGAGCACCAAAACACUCAAUGGUCUGGUGUGUCUAUUCUGCCUGCUGCUUGGCCUGGGCUUCACCACCCGCUCUGGGAACUACUGGUUCACCAUGUUCAACGACUAUGGAGCCACCUUCUCUCUGCUCUUCAUCGUCCUCGUUGAAGUUAUCACCGUCUGCUACAUAUAUGGCAUCAAAAGGUUUGAGAAGGAUGUAGAAGACAUGUUAGGUCAUCGUCUUAAUUGGUACUGGAAGAUCAUGUUGGCAGGAGUCAGUCCCAUCCUCCUCAUUGCCCUAUUCAUCUUCUACAUCGUCAACUACAUCCAGGGAGGAACGCCCACAUACCAGGCCUGGAACAAAGAACUGGGGAAGUCUGUGGUGACGGAGUAUCCUCCCUACGCCCAAGCCUUCAUCGGCCUCCUCCUAGCCUCCUCUGUCUGCUGUAUCCCUUUGACGGCCCUCUACACCUACUGUAAGAAGAGGAACCUGGCCAGUGGGAAGAGAGAGCGCACUGUCAGCACUGUGUCAGCGUAAAGACCGAGUCUCUGAGACUGACUGGACCCUCUAGUUAUAGGAUCGACUGAUCGACAACCUACCGUCCGUAUCAUGGCUCUCUUAACAGAACAGUACCUCACUCUCCUGGUGCAGUGGUUCAUGCCACACCACAAACCAAAGGCCCUCUUUCUCCCCCCGGGGCAGGCUGGCUCUGCCGCUGUGCUGCUGGUGGACAGAACGCCAGAUCUGUACCUAGCAUUAGCCCUAGUCGUCCUUUGGCAUCUAACACUUACUGGGUGAUAAUAGUGAACUUUUGUAUUUUGUAGUUGUGGUUCUGAGCAGGGCUUAGAACUACAUCCAAAAUAUUUCAGAAGUGAAAAACGAACAAAUAAUCUUGUGAAUGGUUUAUUGCAUUGUUUAAAGGCUCAGUGCAGUGAAGAAAAAAAAGUGAUUUCCGGUGUUUUGUACAUAUUUCCAGGCUAUGAGGUUGGAAUAAUAAAGUGAAAUUGGGAACAUUAUUAUAAUCCCCUUUUAGUGUAAGAGCUGUUUGGUGGGAUGGAGCGUGGUAAAUGAGUUAAUAGACGAAUAAGAAAGAGAUCCAAACCUCUGCAUAUAACAGCUAGUUUUCCAUUUUCCCUUCCCCACACCUCUACAAGACAGUCCUAGCAACAUUUUUGCUUGAGAAAUAGCUCUUUGCUAAGAAGCUAUUUUGGUUUCUUUUUGACCAUUUUAAAUGAAAACAAUCACAGUAAGGUACUUAAUUGUAACCCAUCAAUUCUAUGAUAUUGAGAUAAAAAUGGCUGCAUUGGACCUUUAAUGUUUAGCUUUCAGUAGCAGAUUCUUUGAGACACAGUGUGUCAACCCUCUUUAUUUAAAGCGCCACCAAAUGUUUAAGAUAUUUUUUCCCUUAAAUGUCAUUAUGAUGAAGUAUUUUGUAUCCCAUUGGUUUACUGUAGAUAUUCUGUAGAUUACUCAAUGAGUUGUGAGAUAUGUUGAGUGCCUGGAUGUACAAGGUAGACCUUCGUCUGACUCGGUUAUGACUGAAUACAGUCUGACUGGUGUCAAAUGACCAAGAACAACUUGUAGCAAUAGCUGUAUGUGAUUUAGUGUUUGCAAACAUUCUGAUAAUUUCACAUAUAACGAACAAAUCUCUAUGAACAGAACCAAGACCAUAUCUAUACCUAUGGGCUUUGUUGUCAAUUCACCAUCAGUGACUUCUUACCAGGAUCAUACUCAUUGGGGUGCAAUGUAACAGAAUGUUCAGAUAGAUAUAUAUUAUGUAGAACAGACACUAUUCUCUGUCAUAUAGAAUAGGAAAUCAUGUUAGCUCUAUAGGAAGCAUUUCUUUCUGCAACAUUCCAGAGCGUUUCACCUCCUGAACGUGUGAAAGAUUGUGUGCUCUUCUAAUUAAAAAGUAUUGUAGUGUUGCACUGCUGUCAUAGAAUCCACAUCAACUGGACUUAGGAUACAGCCCAAUGGUUAUGUACCAAUGUGCUGUGCAUAUUCACGAGCAAAAAAUACAAUGUAGACCUACUCUUUUUACAGGAAAAUGUAUGGGUUUGCACAGAAACAAUUGCCAAACAUGUUGUAAUGCUGUGAGCAUUUUUCAUGUUAACAAUUUGAAACCAUCCAUUUAUAAUAACAGGGGCGCAACUUUGACUGGGGAUGGGGGGAGAGGUCCCCCCUACAUUCUGAAAUUGCAUUUUUGUCCCCCGCUGAUGUUAUCAUUGGAAUGGGAUUUUAAAAAUGAGGCAAUGGUGUGCUUUAGGACCAUGCAGAAGCCUCCGAGCGGUCAGGUAGGCUGUUUGGAGUGUUUAUCCGACUGGAUUUAAAAAACAUGUAUGUCCCCCCACUUCUAAAAUCAAAGUUGUUCCACUGUACAGUGAUGGAAACACUGUGUAAAUAUAUUUGUACAAUGUUUAAUACAGGUUGGUGUUAGUGUGAACCAAGUAUUGGUGUGAACAAUUCUUAUUUUAACUGCUGUACCACAAUGAUGUGUUCAUGUUUUAUAAGUAGUAUUUUCUAUGGUGAAAUUAUUAAAGACAUGAAGACAUUUGAA